UUACCCUGAAACAAAAAUCCAGCUUUUAAGUUAUCAGUUUUGGCGAAAGAGCAGGAGGAACGAAAACCAGCUGCGAGUGAUGUGUUGAGGUGAGGUGAAGGCCGAAGAGACCAGGGUAAAGGGCCGGAGGUUCGAAAAUCCUCUCAAUCCAAGGGGAUGAUGAUUGUUGAGAUAUGCAAAAUGCUGAAUACAUGGUGUUCAUUAAAAAAUAAAAAUAAAAAUAUGCUCCAGUGGUGAUUUGCUGCAUGAGAGCAAAUACAAAUGGAAAUAACUAGUCAGUCAUCUAUUACAUUGUAUAAUGAGUCUGGUUUCACAGUUAAAUAAUCGUUUGCCUACUUUACAACUCAUAAGGCAACGUACUUUGUAUAGUGCGGAAAAGGAAAUAGGUGCGGUCAUAUGCUGCACAUUCACCUCCUACUACAACUCUUUCUGAUUAUGACCCCACAACAUUUGAUCCAAUGGAGCAUCGUAGUCCUCCAACAGAGAGAAUGUGGAGGCUUGUUGGUGAAGUUUCCAGGCUCUCAUUAGUUGAAGUAGCUGAGCCGUCUGGGAUUUUGAUGACGAGGCUGGGUAUGACUCAACAACUCACAGUGGGGAUUAUGAAGGCGGGAAAUGCUGCUGGCAUGGCAGUGAAUGGAGGGUCCACAGUAGUAGCUAAGGAAGAAAAGAAGCCUGAAAAGACAAUUUUUGAGCUGAAGUUAGAGUCUUAUGAUGCUACUCAAAAGAUCAAGCUAAUUAAAGAGGUCCGAGGCAUCAGUGAUUUAGGCCUCAAGGAAGCAAUGGAUUUGGUGGAAAAGUCACCUGCAGUGUUUAGAAAAGGAGUGUCAAAGGAAGAAACAGAGCAUGUUAUUGAAAAGAUGAAAGCAGUUGGGGCCAAAGUUGCCACGGAAUAAUGGAAAGUAGUGCAAAGUAUUUUUCAUAUAAGUACGUAUGUAAUCAAGAUUUUCAUAGCAGCCUAAUGUGAAUUUUUGAAUCACAUACCUUACUACAACGCAGAGUAUUUUUCAUAUUCAUUUGGUGGUUUGGUACACUUAUUGACGUAAUUGGUAGUUUAAAAAUAAGCUUAAGGCUGUUGAGCUAGUCCUCGUUCAAAUUUUCUGAUUGUUGGAAAAUAAGCAUGUAGUUCUGAAAAG